AUCGGACGAAAAACACCACACGGCAUCGAGCUGGUGACCCCCUUGUCAACAUGGCUUCACGCUCUUCUCUCGAGUACGACUACCUCUUCAAAAUUGUCCUUGUUGGAGAUGCGGCAGUAGGAAAAACGAACCUAUUGGCCUGCUAUACCUCACAGGACAAGCGCCAAAGACCAGACGGGACUGUUCCAAGUUUUCGAUCCGACCGCAAGACUACGGUCGGAGUGGAGUUCGCGACUAUGGUGGUGACUCACCCUGAUGGCAAGCGCAUCAAAGCUCAGAUUUGGGAUACUGCGGGCCAGGAGAGAUACAGGGCCAUCACCAGCUCGCACUACAAGCGGGCGUCUGGAGCACUGCUGGUGUACGAUGUGACGAGUAGGUCCAGCUUCGAGAACGCCGAGAAAGUGUGGCUUCGUGAGCUCAAGAACGCGGCGGAUUCCAACAGCAGCCUUCUUGACAGCCUGGUGCUCGUCGGCAACAAAGUCGAUCUGCCAAACGCCGACGUAACGGAGGCCGAGCAAGAAUCCAGCGCCAUGAGGAUGGGACUGGCAUCGUCUGCUCGAGUAUCUGCAAAGACUGGGCAGGGCGUGGAUAAGGCGUUCGAGCGCCUCAUAUUGCGGGUUUACGAGGUCGAGCAUGGUCGUGGACAGCAGGCCGCACCACCGAAGGAGGCAGCUCCGAAGGGUAUCGUCUUGGCGACACCGAAACCUCGGGCGGAAGAAGAUAAACUGGAGUGCUGCUGAUUCGGAGCGACGAUGCCCGGAAGCGUACAGUACGUAUCUUCCUUUACCGUGGGUGGAGGAACACGGACAUAUUUCACGUAGGACGGAGGACAUCCCGGCU